GAGCUUGUCUUCACGUCAUUUUAUUUCAUGGCAAGUGCUGGGAGCACAGGCAGCCUCACAGCCAGUGGGUUUUUUUCAUCCCUCUCCCCACCUCCUCCAUUGUAUAAUGCUUCGCCUUUCCAGCCAGGAAAAAGCACUAGCUUAAUCGCGCAGCCCUACCGACAUAUGGAGCUGGUGCUACACUAGGGGAGAGGGGGAGAUCCUGAUGCUGUAGACCUCAGGUGAAACUGCAUGUGAUAUAUGUUGGCUAAAGCAGUAAAACGAAAGUUUGACGAGCAUGAAGAUGGGCUGGAAGGCAAAGUGGUAUCUCCGACAGAUGGUCCAUCUAAGGUGUCUUACACCUUACAGCGACAGACUAUCUUCAACAUCUCACUUAUGAAACUAUACAACCAGAAGCCAUUGACAGAGCCACGCUUGCAAAAAACUGUUUUAAUAAAUAAUAUGCUGAGGCGAAUCCAGGAGGAACUUAAACAAGAAGGUACCCUGAGAUCUGUGUUUAUCAGCACUUCUCAGUCUACUGACCCUCUAUGUGACACCUAUCAGGAGGCUCAGCCUGCAUUCAGCCAUCUUGUCUCCCAGCCCAUUCAACCCACUGACUUAGUAAGCACUACACCACUAGAGUCUUGCCUCACCCCAGCAUCCUUGCUUGAGGAUGACACUUUUUGCACUUCCCAGACAGUCGAAGAAAAUGGUCCUAGCAACAAAAUGACAGCAACUCCAACGCCACCUCUCAUCCAGCCAGUAAAGGAUAGCUUCUCUUCUGCCUUGGAUGAAAUAGAGGAGCUUUGCCCAACAUCUACCUCCACAGAAGCAGCUGCACCACCAGAAGUAGCGGCACAUCUAAAGGAUGACCCUGUUACACCUGGCAUCCAUAAACCAGAGGGAACACAAGAGAGCCGAACAAGUGAGCCAAAACUAAUGGAUCCACUCCCUGGGAAUUUUGAAUUAACAACAUCCACUGGCUUUCUCACAGACUUGACCUUGGAUGACAUCUUAUUUUCUGACAUUGACACUUCCAUGUAUGAUUUUGACCCUUGCACAUCCAAUGCUGGAACAGUUUCUAAAAUGGCUCCAGACGAACUCCUAAAAACAUUAUCUCCCUAUAGCAGCCAACCGGUAACGCCAAGUCAGCCUUUUAAAAUGGACCUUACAGAAUUAGAUCACAUUAUGGAGGUUCUGGUUGGGUCUUAAGAGAAAGUGACUUUACAUUCUCAAUACCCUACAGACUCACAGCACUGUGCAUGUAUACUCUCUUGCCUUUUAGCAAAAACAAAAAGGAUCAGAUAAAUAUUGCAUUACGCUGUACUGGAGUGCCUUCUGUAUGACCACUUUGGAGAAGAAAAAAAAAAGAUUAGUGGUUCUCCAAGGAAAAUCAUACCACAGUCCAUUGAAGAUUGCAUAUUGCAAAUGAUUUCAAAACCAUGAAGACAUCAGUUGACGCUGUAUAUGUUAAGCACAAGAAAUAUGUUUGGGCAAUGCUGUAAAUUGCAUGUGCAUAACUGUCUAUUUUUUCAAUAAGUUUUAUUGCAAGAGGUAAAUUUUAUUAUUUAGAGCCCCUGUUUGACAUUUUAGCCCUUUUUUAGGUUGAAACUAGAAAAAAAAAUAGAGGCAUUAAUUACUGCUUUUACAGUAAGUAUUGCAUAUACAUGGCUGCUUAGAAUCUGCUGCCCAAAUGUUUUUAUAUUUUUGUACAGAUUCUGUCAUAUUGUUUUUCUAGGAAAAAAAAAAAAAAACAUAAAAACUAGUAGUGUUUAUACACACACAAAUGUUAUUUUGAUAGGGUUUGCUUAUGUCGUUCCUUUCUACUUUUAGUGUAAAAUAAGAGCUUUUAUACAAAAAUUUAAAUUCUGUUUCUGUGGUGCAAAUAAGACAUUGGAUCAAAUUGUGCUUGUGAUAGAUUUCCUCAGAAGAAAGUAUACAAAGAACUUAAACUUUUCCUUACAGGAAGGGACAUCCCAAAGUGAUAAUGAGAAA